UGUACGUACAAAGUGGUUAUGGGAUGGGAACUUGGUCCUGACUGGACGGAGUUGACUCAAGAAUGUCUCCUCGACAUCUUCUCACGGCUGAGCCUAGAAGAAAGAUGGACCGGACCGAUGUUCGUCUGCAAGACUUGGAUGAACGGGUGCCAAGACCCGUCGCUCAACUUGGUCUUCGAUCUCGAAACCAAAUUUCAGUCUCUUCCUGGUUCUCUCAGUUGUUGGUGGAGUCCCGAGUUCGGGGACAAAAUCGAUUCUGUCCUCCGGUCUGUUGUGGAUUGGAGCCAAGGCGGUCUAAAGGAGGUUCGAGUCAGUCAUUGUACUGAUAGCUCUAUCUCGUACGUCGCCGAGAGGUGUCCUAAUCUCGAGGUACUAUCGGUUAAGUAUUGCCCUAAGGUUACAGAUGACUCGAUGUUGAAGAUAGCCUUAAUGUGCCCUAAUCUCAAAGAACUUGAUAUUAGCUUCUCCUACAAAAUAUCUUGUGUGUGUGUGGAUAUGGUUGGCAAGAGCUGCAAGAGCAUUCAGACUUUUAAACGGAAUUUGAUGGAUCCAGCCGAGGUCACAAAAUCUGUGCCUAGUAACUAUGUGGAGGACCCAUCUAUCUUCUUGAUAUAUGGGAAUAUUGAUGCUUAUGUGAUUGGGAAACACAUGCAUCAGCUGAAGCACCUGGAACUUCGAUUCUCCACAUUGUCUAAUAAUGGUCUUGCCCAACUUUGUGAAGGAUGUUCUAAUCUUGAGUAUCUGGACUUGUGCGGCUGUAAUAAGUUGACUAGCGAUGGCGUUACCAACAGUAUCUCCAACUUAAAGCAUUUGAAGGAGAUCAAGAAACCAAGUUUCCCAGCUUUUAUUAUUUGAUUUAGUUCGUAGAGUUUGUGUUACUACUUUUUUUUUCUUGUAUUUUCUUUUGUCA